AAUAUGUUGAAACUUAAAUUCCUGCUACUCGAAUAUCUGCAUAUGCUUUUUUAAUAAUAUUAAUAACAAUAAUAAUAAUGUCAAUAUCGACUUCAGUGGCUUUCUACAACAAAAACAAUGGAUUCCAGCGCUUUUCUGUCACCUGCAUGUCACGCUGCUCAUACAACUUCCUCAUCUUUCGCACAUUUGACAGAUUUCAGCGGACGCUUGUUCCUUCCUCGUUGAUUAACAGCUCAUUUGACCAAUAGGAACGCCUGUGACCAGACGCGAGACACGCACUUGCUUGACAGACGCCACUGUAAGCCAAUCAUGGCCCACAGUGACGUACUCCCAUACGGCGAAGGUCUUCUGUAGCAGAAUAGCUAGUAUUUUGUUUACGUGCCGCAGAUGGACUGACAGCUGUCGCAGAGCUUUACGCACAUGAACAUUUGUGCCUGCGUUCCUGUCGUGGUAGCCUGCAACGUUUGGUUGGAAAUGUUGAGGAUGGAGUGUUUUGUUGAAUGAGGGGAACUCGCUAGAUGCCGACAGGAGGAUGAACUCCAUCACCGGUCGGGCUCUUGCUAUCCCCGCCGCCUCUGUCACCAACUCUGGAGCUGCAUCCUCUCGAGCCUUGCAUGUGGAGCUCACAUCCCAGCAGAGACGGUUGCGUCAUCUCCGGAGCAUUGCUGCCAGGAACAUAGUGAACAAGAAUGGUUCUCCACUGCUGGACACUUACUUCACCCUCCACCUCUGUGUAGGAGACCGCAUUUCUAGAGAUUUUUACAAGAGUGAAGUCAUUCGAGACUCACUGAACCCAACUUGGCGGAGCCUGGACUUUGGUAUGCUCCCAGACCUUCUGGACACUUCAGUGUCCUGCUUCGUGGUGAGGAUCUGGGGAGGACAGGAGGACCAGUACCAGCUUCUCAUUGAAUGGAAGGUCAGCUUGGAUGGGCUCAGAUACACAGGACAGCAGAUUCGAUCCAGAUACCCAAAUGAAAUCAUAUUUGGACUGAACGAUGGCUACUAUGCAGCUGACUUUGAUCACAAGGAUCCGUCUGAGCGGAAGAACCACAGCCUGCUCCAGGUCGAUCAGAGUUCAGUCAGGAACUCCUACAGUGUUUUCUCUCUGCUCAGGCUUCACACAGCUCAGAGAGCCAUCAAACAGACCCAGAUGACAGUCCAGAGGUUCGGGAAGGAGAUUGAGGAAAAGCUAAGAACGACAGCGGCUUUCACUGAGCGGAAGAAGGAGCGGGAAUGCAUGCAACUGCGUAUAGCUGUGCUCCGCAGUGAGCUGCAGCGGCAGAAGAAGGCGCUUGGCAGGGAAAUAGACAUUCGACUGAAGGAGAGUGCACAGCUACAGAAGAAAGAGGCAGCGUUUUCUGUUCAACACGAAAGUCUGAAGGAGGAGAAUGAAUCCUUAACAAAGUUGCAGAAAGAAUGUACCGCCAAGAGAGAGCAGUUCCUCAAGACCAACGCCCAGCUCACCUUCCGCUGUCGACAGCUCCUCUCUGAGCUCUCCUACAUCUAUCCCAUUGAUGUGGUCAAUCAGUCGGAUUAUGUCAUCUGUGGAGUGAAGCUGCCAAACUCGGACGACUUUCAAGCGAAAGAUGAUGGGAGCAUGGCGGUUGCCCUGGGUUACACGGCACACCUGGUCCUGAUGAUCUCGUGCUUCCUCCAGCUCCCUCUCCGGUACCCGGUGAUCCACAAGGGUUCCCGCUCCUCCAUUAAGGACACAAUCACUGACAGACUCACGGAGAAGGAGAGAGAAUUCCCUUUGUACCCCAGAGGAGAGCGCUUUCACUUUGAAUAUGGUGUCUACUUACUAAACAAGAACAUUGCCCAGCUGAGAUACCAGCACGGCUUGACCACCCCAGACCUGCAGCAGACACUACCCAACUUGAAAAACUUCCUGGAACAUGGCCUGAUGGUGCGAUGCGACCGACAUGUCUCCAGCUCGAUUCCAGUGCCCUCCAAGUCUCAGCUGGGUGUGUCCACUGCCUCAGAAACAGGUUACCCGCACCACAACAGCUCUCCGGAGCAAGGCCCCAGGAAGAGGGCGAGCUCGGAGGCCGAGGCACAGCUCAAGUACAAGCCAACACCUUCUCCAAACAACAACGCAGCCGCAGGAGAAGAGCGGCAUCCUGCUAACCUGACACCACCUCCACCGGCACCCAAACAUGUCUCCUCAUCUCUUGACGCCAGCAUGGCCUCACUUCACCUUCGCACGACUGCAGCAGCCAACAAGGAGGAAGAGCAGAGGGAGGAGGGGGAGCAGGGUGGGCACACAGAAGUAGAGGAGAAAAAGGAAGAUGCUGGCAUAGAGAGUGAAGUGGAUAAACAAAGAGAAGCUGAGGAGCAGAAAACCAGCAGCACAGGGGCAUCCAGUUCCUCUGCACAGCAGGACGUGGGACAGGAAACUGUUUCAAGUAACCAUACAGGUGCAAUGAAUGGCUCCUUAGCAUCAGGACAGGUGCCUUUAGGCCUUGUCCCAGAGCUGCACUGCUCUGUGGAGCAAGCUGAGGAGAUUAUGGGCACAGAGGCCACAGGUUUAGGUCUGGGAUUAGGGGUGGGGUUAGGAUUGAUAGAUGAGGCCCGGCUCGAAGACUACCGCUGCAUUGCUGUGGACCACGCGGUAGCCGUGGAAUGUGACGAACAGGUGCUGGGAGAGCUGGACGUGGCGGGCUUUGAGGAGUUCAACAGGCGCAUCUAUGCACUAAAUGAGAACAUGUCUAGCUUCCGCCGGCCACGCAAGAACUCUGACAAAUGAGACUGGGUAGUAGGCUAGAGGGAGUCUUGGAAAAACUUGCACAUUGUCUGAACUGAUACAAGGCAGGGAGAUGAACUAAAAACAUACAAGUAUGUGGUUCUCAGCAGCAGAUGAAUCAUAGGGGCUGUUCUGGAUGAACCAAUUUGCACUUAUUAAUGACAUUUCCACAGUAAUCUUAUCAGUUAGAAAAGUCAAAUGAAGGUCCUGGGACAGAAAGCCUUUAUUUUUGAUUCCAGCAGGUAUACAAUAUAUCUUUUAAAAAAGACACAAAACAGCUCAUCAGGUGUUUUAAAUUGCAAAGUUUCACAUCCCUUUAUAAUACCAAGGAUAAUGCAUAUAAUAUCGUGUAGAGGACCUAAUGUGGGGGCUUGGUGACAUUACAUGGUGGGACCAUUCAGGGAUGCACCGAGGAACAGAAUCUGGUCUUUUUCAGUUUGAUUGGCCAAUCGGAUACUCAAAAACUUGAGCAAAACUCCUCAGUGUGGAAGUUGUUGCUAGGUAGAAGAUUAAAAGUUAGUUAUUUUCAUUGAGGUGUUUAAAAUUAAGCCAGCAGACGCAGAGAUGUAAGAGGAUAUUAGAAAGGAAACUGUUUUUAAUGACAUGUUGGAGCAUCUUGAGACAUGUCUGUGGCUCAUUCAGACUGCAAGAGAGAGCGAGACUCAAAGCAGAUAACAGGAAGGCUGAGCAAAGUAAUAGUAAAGCACUCUUUUAUCUCUUUGAGCUUCCAACCUGUGUCAUGGAACGUGUUGAAUUUGAAAAAUUGGCAGCCGUUUGGAAAUCUGAGGUCAACAUUACAAGAGGAGACUGCAGAUUUAUUAAUCCCAAUCCCGCUAAUUGCUUAAGAUAGUUUAAAAUGUCAACUCUGUAAUCAUUGUGUUAAAAUAUUGCAAUUCUGCUUUUUGCCAUUAAUGGUCUCUAUGAUAAUUACGAGAUGGCUAAAAUCAGUAUCAGCGGGGCAAAGCUUUACUGAAACCUGAGAUUGAAAAUCGGCCACUGCCUUCUUAUUGGUGCAUCUUUACUGGCCGUCAUUAUUGACAAAACAUUUCUGUCUGCGCCCAGAGAGCAUCUUCAGCAAAUUGUGUCAGAACGUUUCUCUGUUUUUGUCUUCAUUAACAGCUUACUGUCCCAGCACUUCCAUCUUUGACUGAACUUAUGAUUUCAAAGCUUCUUUCAGCGUGCAUGUCAUUAAAUGUGUGCCGGAGGGAGCUUUUGGACCCAUAUAUUAGUGUACACUUUACAUCAGCAUGCAGACAGUCACACAUACACAGUUAGAAUGCUCCCACCAAUGAGCUUUGAUCACAGCAGAAUUUUGCCCUUGCAAAGUGUCGUAGCAGCUACAACAAGGUGGAGAUGCUUGUCUCCGUCCACUGGCAGGACACACAUUUUGAACUCACUUAGGUUUUUCUUCAGGUUUUACCACAAAGUUCACAGAUGGCUGGUCAGACCUCACAGCAAAUGGCAGGGAAAUGGUGCAAUUGAUUAUUUCUUUCAUCCACCUUUGUGUCUACUCCUUUUUUAAUUAGAUUUAAUGAACUCUAUAAAAAGGAUUUCAUUCUUAACAUUCACGGAUGUUUACAUUCAGUUGAUCAAAUGUAUUUUGUGUUCUGGAAUGUCCCUCUCAGGCUCCUGUCUAACUGUUUUGAACAAAUCCUGCUGUCUGUGAUUGAGUCCUGUCUCCCUGUUCUGAAUGCUUUCCUGCACUGGUAUUCAAUUAUUGCUUUAUUUAUGUCUCUACAAAUAUAUGUGAAAUGUAAACCAAUGCAUAGUUUUAUUUCCUGAUAAUAUUGAAUGUCGCUCAUGAAUAUUGUUAACUCUUCGACUGAUAUCCAGUGUAGGGUGCCAGACUUGGAUAGUACCUCUGAAGAAUCUGCCAUGACGAAGAUGGACUCACCACCUUCAGCCCAUUAAGUGUUUCAUAUCCUGUAAGGUGGAUACUGCAAGAAGAUGUAUUUAAAAGUGGAACAAUGUUAGAUCAUUUCCAUAAACUGCUAUACAGUUGAACAAGUGACAAUGUACAUAUACUUUUGUAUGAAGAAUUCUUUGGUUAUUAAAGACUUUCGGUCCAACGGCAUGGGUGUACUUACCCCCCCUUUAA